AUGGCUUCUUCGUCUUCGUCUCCCACAGAGAUGAAUGAAGGAGGAGAAUGCGUAAACUGGCUUGAGCUUCCGCCGGAGCUGACUAUAUCGAUUCUUCACCGGCUUGGCCCGAUUGAGAUAGUGAAAACGGCUCGAAAAGUUUGCAGAUCGUGGCGUCACCUCUGUAAAGACCCUUCUAUGUGGCGCAAAAUUGUCAUACAUAUUGAAGAAUUUGGAGACAGGAACUACGAGAAACUGUGCCGCCACCUAGUUGGUCGUAGCCAGGGAGGCUUGGUUGAGAUCGAUAUCUCGCGCUUCGCUUCUGAUCCCCUCCUCCGUUACAUCGCCAACGAGAGUUCUCGUCAUCUGAGAAGCCUUAGAAUUUCAUUCUGCUAUCAAGUAACAGACAAGGGAUUUAUUGCAGCAGUUUCGAGACUUCCUUUGCUUGAAGAACUCGAGGUUUCAUACUGUUCAUUAUCAGAAGAGUGUCGUCUAAGAGUUGUAGGCCAGUCUUGUCCAAAUCUCAAAACCUUCAAAAAGAACAGCUUUGGUUUAAGGGGUCCUCGACACGAGUUUGAUGAUGUUGUUGCUCUUGCAAUCGCUGAGACAAUGCCCCGACUUUGCCACCUCGAGCUUGUCGGGGACACAUUAACAGACGUUGGUUUAAACGCCAUUCUUGACGGUUGUCCUAACCUCGAACAUCUUGAUAUUCAUGAGUGUUUCAACGUUGAACUUGUUGGGGAUCUGGAGACGAGGUGUAUCGAGAGGAUCAAAUUUUUGAGACGCCCUAACGACUCGGUUCAUGAUGACCCAUUAGAUGCAAAGGUUAAUCACGAGUGUUCAUCCGAAGAUGACUAACCUUAUUGCUUCUCAGAUGUUGAUAAUAUGUCAUGAGAUGAGAUUAUUAGGAUGAUCUGUGUUUCUAAUUGCAUAUUGGAUUAAACCUUUUCAAACUCGCUCAUGACUUCCUCUAAGUAUGCUUGUACUUUCGUUGGACUUUGUGGGUUUUUGUAAUGUGCGUGACCUUAAUA